UAUAAACGUGUAACGUUGACUGUGAAUGAGGGCGGUUUGUCUCCGUUAGCUUCCCCGGUUAGCUCGGAGCAUUGUAGCUAACGCCGCAGUGCUAAGCUAGCGGAGCAGCCGCAGUGCGUGUCGGGAAGUUUCGUGUCCUCGGCUCGGCUCCAGCCUCAAGACGCAAAAACAGCUUGAAGUCAUCGCGCCAGUCUCCGUGAAAACCUCUGACAGCAGCGCUGCUGCUUUUACUGGACCUGGUGAAAAUGUGGCUGUACUGAGUGUCCGUGUCCGUGCUGUGUGCCCGUGUCCGUGCUGUGUGCCCUGCCUGAGCUCAGAUGUGUUUCUUAUCCCUGCAGCUCUGUAUGACUUUUUCAGAUGGAGAACUACAGCAAAGCUCGCACUGUGGAGCAGCCGUGCGUCUGUCCGUUCCCCGACCUUGCCCCUGACACGCCGGAGAUCCACGUCAAAGAUGGCAGCAAGAUCCGCAACCUGCUGCGCUACGCUCUGAGCCGCAUGGAGGCCAAAGCCCGAGCGGCUGACGAAAAGGUACGACCUCAACCCGAGGAAGGCGGCGUAGAAGCAGCGCCAGAGGCCUCGGGCCGGCCACUCUGCAGGCAGGUCAUCUUCACCGCGAGCGGGAAGGGCGUCUCCAAAGCCAUCACAUGCGCGGAGAUCGUGAAGCGGCGUGUGAAGGGGCUGCACCAGCUCACCCAGCUCCUGUACGGCACCGUGGAGGAGGUGUGGGAGCCGCUGGAGCCCACCGCCGGCCUCGACAGCCUCACGGUCAGCAGGAACCUGCCUGUCAUCUGGAUCCUCCUCUCCAAAGAUCCACUGGACUCCAACCAGCCGGGGUACCAGGCGCCGGGCCGCUACGACACCCUGUGGGCACAGGCGGCCAACAGGGAGGAGGGCGGAGGGCUCAGCGGGCAGAGACCUGGACACAGGAGGAAGCGAGGAGGAGGCGGCGGCGGCGGCAGAGGGAAAGGAUCCGGCCGUCAGAGCGGUCGGUCGAGAGAGGCGGCCAAAGGACAGAGUUGAUUCAGAUUUCUGAAGCAGCUGCUUGGAGCUCGGAAACUUUGUCCUCCUGAAAAGUCGUAGCCGGAGACGCAGCUCUCACCACGGCUGCGACCGCGAACGGGGAGUUUGGGUCCGUUUGAAUCUAAGGAGAGCCGGGUUGGUGGAAACUGAACACGUCUGAGAAGAUGACCUCACACCGGAGCUCCCACAGAGUUAAAUCAACUUUUUAAGUUUCAGAGUCCCCGAGUUUAAUUUGUGUGUGAGCUGAUAAGAAAGCGGGACGCGAGUGUUUCUCAGAUGAACUUUGCUGUUUGCAAAAUAAAAACAUGCUUCAAAAACCAGAAAAAACAUCCGUCUGUAAUAAAAGUGACUUUUAUUUUAUUUACAAGAAGAAAAAGUUUCUUUGUGGGUUAUAAAAGUGGUAAAA